ACCCCAGAGCCAGAGCCACAGGCAGCCCGAGCCCCCCCGACACAGCGACUCGACCACACCAAGCCGAGAAGCCAGGCCACGAGCCCCCCGACCCGGGGAUCCGGCUGGGCGCGCGCGUGCGCGGUGGAUUGGGCUCCGCUCGCCACCCCCGACCCCACGCGCCCCUCCCUCGCGAGGGCUCGCCCCCCUCCCUCCACCCCCUCCCCGCGAUCCCCUUCUUCGCCGCCCGGCGCCGCCGCACCCGCGCCGCCACUGGGCGCCUCUCUCCUAAGGCCCCUUCAGAGAUGGUAUAAUUUACCUACCAACUACUAACUAAAGGUGGUGAAGUAUCCCUUCCCUAAGUACACUCCCUCGGAUGACACGUCUGCUAGUCUGCAUCAUUUAUGGCCCAGAAUUCGUCCCGUCUUCACCGCCUCCUCACAUUACUGGACACUGGUUCGACACAAACGACAAGGUUUGCGGCUGCACGCCAAAUUGGAGAAAUUGCUAAGUCCCAUCCCCAGGAGCUAAAUGCAUUGCUUAAAAAGGUUUCUCAGUACACUCGUAGUAAAAGUUGGGACACGAGGGUUGCAGCAGCUCAUGCGAUUGGUGCGAUAACAGAGAAUGUCAAACACACAUCAUUAAAGGACCUAUAUGCUUCUGUGGAAGCAGAAAAACAUGUUUCUGGGCUGUCUGAUGGAAGUGAUGAUGCUAGUUCAUUGCCACAUGCUGAUACUGCAGCAACAUCUGAUCUUGCUUUUGGAAGCUUCGACAUAAACAGGGUAUUGGAAUUUGGAUCUCCUUUAUUGGCAUCGGGUGGACAGGAAUAUGACAUUGCAAAUGACAAUGGCAAGAAUCCAGCAGAGCGCCUUGCUCGCCAAAAGAAAAAUCUUUGGCGCCGUUUAGGACUGGAUGUAUGUGAGCAGUUUAUGGAUGUUAAUGAUGUCAUCAAAGACGAGGAUCUGCUUGCCCAAAAAAAUUAUUGGGGUUCGCAUGCACAAAAUAAUGGAUUUAAUUCAUUCAAUACUGGUCGUAAUAUCCAGCAAUUGGUUUCCACCAUGGUUCCUAGGUAUCACAAGCAACCUAACUUUCGCUCUAGGCGAUUAAGUGCCAGGGAGCUCAAUAUGCUGAAGCGUAAAGCAAAGAGUAAUGCAAAAGAUCAUACAAAGACUGUAUCUGAGGGGGAUGAGGUUACACUAAAGAGUCCCGCACCAUCCAAUGGAGCUACUUCUGACCAAAGCGGUGCACAGAAUGUAUGAAUUAUCGAACGUGCCAUUUUGUCUCUAAGAUCUUGGGAUUUCCUGUAUGUUCCUGAUAUAUCAUAUUUAAUGUAAAAAUAGAUUCCAGACUAAUCAGAGGGCUCAGUGCAGCUAUUUUCUGUUCAACUCUUAUAGCUCUUAAUUUCUCUAAAUGCAAUUGCUAGCAUGGCCUGUAUGUCUACUCAUGUGGCAGUGUGCUGGUGCAUGGGUGGGUCAGUGUGCUGCCACUUGCGCUAGAUGCAUUGGAUAUAACUAUGGAUGAAGACAAUCUGGAGUACAGUGAAAAUGGGAGAUGGCCUUUUCAACAAUUUGUGGAUCAGCUUAUUCAUGAUAUGUUUGACCCUAUUUGGGAAGUUCGCCAUGGUACAAUUAUGGCUUUAAGGGAAAUUUUGACACAUCAAGGUGCUUGUGCUGGAGUAUAUUUUCCUGAUCUGAGCUUGCCUUCUGCUAUUUUGGAUGGUAAGACCAACUUUGAGUUCCUUAAAAGGGCUCAUAAUAUUGAUCUAAACGAUGAUCAUGUGGAUCACCUCGAGCCAGUGUUUAAGAGGCAUAAGAAAGAGCAAAAUCCUUCUGAAUCUAUGUAUAUGGACUAUGAUAAGGAGAUGUUUAACGACGGUCAUUCAAAAACAGAGGCAAAUCUGAGCAAUGUGCCUACUUUAUCAACUGGUGAAUUAAGUUCUGCUCAUGUAAAAGUCGAGCCUGAUUUCUGUGUUGAUGAUUCAACCGACCCUGCUAAAGAGGAUUCAUCAUGUAAGCCAGUACAUGGAAAACUCAACUCCACAUCAAAUCCAAUGUCUCAUAUGCAUGCUCCAGAAAAUUCAAAAUUCAUGAAACUGAUGAAAUUAGCCAAAUAUUCUUAUAUGAAGAAUUGGGAAUUUCUUCAGGAUUGUGCAAUUCGCUUCCUUUGUGUACUUUCACUGGAUCGCUUUGGUGAUUAUGUAUCAGAUCAAGUGGUGGCCCCAGUUCGUGAAACAUGUGCUCAAGCUCUUGGUGCUGUGCUGAAGUACAUGCACCCUUCUUUAGUAUGUCAUACACUGAAUAUCUUGCUGCAAAUGCAGCGCAGACAAGAGUGGGAAGUUCGUCAUGGGAGUCUCCUUGGCAUUAAAUACUUGGUUGCUGUUCGGCAGGAAAUGCUUAAAUAUUUGCUUGACUAUAUCAUUCAUGCUUGUAAAGCUGGUCUGGAGGAUCCUGAUGAUGAUGUCCGAGCAGUGGCUGCUGAAGCCCUGAUCCCAGCUGCUGACUCUUUAGUUAGGCUGAAUGAUCAAAUGCUGCAUUCAAUCGUGAUGUUGCUUUGGGAUAUAUUGCUUGACCUUGAUGAUCUAAGCCCAUCUACGAGCAGUGUAAUGAACUUGUUAGCAGAAAUAUAUUCGCAGCCAGAGAUGGUCCCAAAGAUGCUCGGCACAGCAACUUCAGGGGAAAUGGGAGAAUUUGAUCUAAACAAAUUAACUCAGACUGCUGAGCAAGAAGGGAGAUUGACAUCUAGUGAGAACCCUUACGGUCUAGCCACACUGACACCCCGUCUGUGGCCCUUUAUGAGACAUAGUAUUACUUCAGUUCGGCGUUCUGCCAUACGUACACUGGAGAAGCUUCUUGAAGUUGGGAACAGUAGGAGUUUAUCUGGAACUGUCCCUUCUAAAUUCUGGCCAACCUCAAUAUUAGGAGAUGCACUGCAGGUUGUCUUCCAGAACCUACUUUUGGAGUCAAAUGAUGAAAUUCUUCAGUCCUCUGAAAGGGCUUGGAAACUUCUACUUCAGUGCCCUGAGAAGGACCUUGAAUAUGCUGCGAAGCUAUAUUUUAGUAAUUGGGUACAACUUGCUGCCACUCCAUUUGGCUCAGCAUUGGAUUCAACAAAAAUGUUUUUACCAGUUGCCCUUCCCCGAGGAAGUCGUUCAAGAGCUGCUGCAAAGAUCAGAUCUGCUAAUCUAGAGCAUGAGUGCACAAGAAUGAUCUCGUUUGGUUCCACAGGGGAAAGUACUUCUCAUGAAAAACAUUUUGAUGUUCCCUCAAGUAUUUCUAAGAUAAUUGUUGGUGCUGAUUCUGACAAAUCUGUUACUCAUACACGAGUUCUUACAUCAAUGGCACUUGGGCUUUUUGCAUCUAAGUUGCCUGUAGGCUCAUGGCAAUUUGUUCUAAGUCCACUAGCAAAUGAUCUCAUGUCUCUCUCAGGAGUUCAGAGACAGGUGGCUUCAAUGGUUAUCGUUUCUUGGUUUAAGGAUCUGAGAGGUAGAGAUCCUGUAUCAGUGGGUACAUUACUAGCUUUCCUAUCUUCCGUGAAAGAGUGGUUACUGGACUUGUUGACCUGCUCCGAUCCAGCAUUACCUACAAAGGAUUCUGUGCUUCCAUAUUCUGAACUUUCAAGGACAUACACGAAGAUGCGCAAUGAAGCCAAUAAUUUGCUUCACUCAAUUGAUUCUUGUCCUGUUUUCAAAGAUUAUAUUAAUGGCUCAAACCUUAAUGUUGAUGUGCUGGGUGUUGAUGAUGCUAUUAACUUUGCAUCAAAGCUUUUUUUACCAUCGGAAUCUGAUCUUCCUUCAGAAAGUGAAAGAAUUGUCCUGAAUAACAUAGAAUCAGCAAAACAAGGUCUAUUGUCUACGUCAGGUUACUUGAAAUGUGUUCAGAAUAAUUUGCAUGUGACGGUUUGUUCUUUAGUGGCUUCUGCUGUAGUCUGGAUGUCAGGUUUGCCUAGUAAGUUGAACCCAGUCAUUUUACCUUUAAUGGCUGCCAUAAAAAGAGAACAGGAAGAAGUACUUCAAGAUAAAGCUGCUGAUGCACUUGCCGAGCUCAUUUGUAGCUGUGUUGGCCGCAAGCCUGGCCCCAAUGACAAGCUAACCAAGAAUCUCUGCACAUUGACAUGCACUGAUGCUAGUGAGACACCGCAAGCUGCAAUAAUUAACUCAAUGCAGGUUGUUGAGGACCAGAAUUUACUGUCAAUUGGAAAGCGUUUUAGCAGUCAUAGGUCCAGGGGUCAUACGGUUUCUGGUAGUGAAGAAAGGUCAAAAAUGGAGGGCUUUAUUAGCCGCCGUGGAUCAGAGUUAGCUUUCAAGCAUCUCUGUGAGAAAUUUGGACCGUCAUUGUUUGAAAAACUUCCCAAAUUAUGGGAUUGCCUUACUGAGUUUCUUAAACCAGUAAAAACCGAAGAUGGUCCAAAAGAUGAUACGAGUAUUGCACAGCUGGGCAGAUCGUACGAGGAUAAGGAUCCACAGUCACUCAUAAAUAAUAUCCAGGUCGUUCGUUCAAUUACGCCUCACUUGGCUGAGCCCUUAAGGCCUCAACUGCUAAGUCUCCUUCCCUGUAUUCUUGGGUGUGUUCGUCAUCCUCAUGUGGCUGUUAGACUAGCUGCUGCAAGGUGCAUCACAUCCAUGGCAAAGUCAUUGGCUGAUGAUGUGAUGGUUCUGGUGAUAGAGAAUGUCAUUCCGAUGUUGUCUGAUCUAUCUUCUGUUUGUGCAAGACAAGGGGCUGGGAUGCUUUUGAGCCUUCUUGUUCAGGGUUUGGCUGUGGAGUUGGUUCCUUAUGCUCCGUUCCUUGUUGUUCCACUUCUGAAGUGUAUGAGUGACCCAGAUGGUUCUGUUAGGCAGACUGUGACUCACAGUUUUGCUGUUCUCGUUCCUUUGCUGCCAUUAUCAAAGGGUGCUUCAUUACCAGGUGGACUAAGUGAACGCUUAUCUAGCAGUGCUGAAGAUGUGCAGUUUCUGGAACAGCUCCUCGACAACUCCCAAAUUGAUGAUUUCAAGCUCAACAUCGAUCUUAGUGUUGAAUUGCGAAGGUAUCAGCAAGAAGGGAUCAACUGGCUCGCAUUCCUUAGACGAUUUAAGUUACAUGGAAUUUUGUGUGAUGAUAUGGGGCUCGGUAAGACACUCCAAGCAUCUGCUAUCGUAGCAAGUGACAUUGCCGAAUCGCGUGCUCGGAAUGAUGAGAAAGAUCCGACAUCUUUGAUAAUAUGCCCUUCUACAUUAGUGGCCCACUGGGAAUAUGAAAUAGAGAAGUACAUAGACAGCUCUAUCAUGAAACCUCUUCAGUACGUUGGUUCUUCACAGGACAGAGUCACACUCCGUAGUCAAUUCGAUAAGUUUAAUGUUAUCAUAACAUCGUAUGAUAUUAUACGCAAGGAUAUUGAUUUUCUUGGGAAUAUCCCUUGGAACUACUGUGUUCUGGAUGAAGGGCACAUAAUCAAAAACUCAAGAUCUAAAAUCACGUCUGCUGUGAAACAGCUGAAAGCACAACACCGCCUUAUCUUGAGUGGCACUCCUAUCCAGAAUAAUGUCUUGGAGCUAUGGUCUUUAUUUGACUUCCUUAUGCCUGGGUUUCUUGGUACAGAAAAACAAUUCCAAGCUACAUAUGGAAAACCAUUACUAGCAGCCAAAGAUUCUAAAUGUUCAGCAAAGGAUGCUGAAGCUGGUAUUCUUGCAAUGGAAGCGUUGCAUAAGCAGGUCAUGCCAUUUCUACUGAGAAGAACAAAGGAUGAAGUUUUGUCUGAUCUUCCAGAGAAGAUUAUCCAGGAUAGAUAUUGCGAUCUGAGUCUGUUGCAGCUCAAACUUUAUGACAAAUUCUCGAGCUCCAAUGCAAAAGAGGAGAUUUCAACUAUAGUGAAAGCAAAUGAAUCGGAGGAAUCUGCACCUCAGCCAAAGGCAACUCGUCAUGUGUUUCAGUCAUUGCAGUACCUAUUAAAACUCUGCAGCCAUCCUUUACUUGUAACUGGAGAGAACCCUCCUGAUCAUCUUGUUGAUCUUCUGAAAGAAAUAGGUGUGGGGUCCGGCGGUGAGCUUCAUGAGCUCCACCACUCACCUAAGCUUGUUGCUCUUCAAGAAAUACUUCAGGAGUGCGGUAUAGGGUCAGAAAUAUCAAGUCCUGAUGCAUCGACGGCUAUUGGGCAACACAGAGUUUUGAUUUUUGCUCAGCAUAAGGCUUUUCUUGACAUUAUUGAGAAGGACCUGUUUCAAUCUCAUAUGAAAAGUGUGACAUAUUUACGGCUGGAUGGCUCUGUUGAAGCUGAGAAGAGAUUUGAAAUUGUUAAAGCAUUCAAUUCAGAUCCAACCAUUGAUGUACUUCUGUUAACAACCCAUGUUGGCGGGCUUGGCUUGAAUUUGACAUCUGCUGACACAUUGGUCUUCAUGGAACAUGAUUGGAACCCAAUGAAGGAUCUUCAGGCGAUGGACAGAGCACACCGUUUGGGGCAAAGGAAAGUGGUGAAUGUUCACCGUCUCAUCAUGCGUGGUACCCUUGAGGAGAAGGUGAUGAGUCUCCAGAGGUUCAAGGUGUCAGUUGCCAAUGCUGUCAUCAAUGCUGAGAACUCCAGCUUGAAGACCAUGAACACUGACCAACUGCUUGAUCUGUUCACAUCUACCCCUGCUUCGAGAAAAGCAUCGGUCCUUCCACGGGGCUUGAGUAGUGACCAGAGUAAAGAUCCAAAGAAAUCUGGUGGCAAAGGCUUGAAGUCCAUUCUCAAUGGAUUGGAUGAGCUUUGGGAUCAGUCACAGUAUGCUGACGAGUAUGAUCUGAACCAGUUCCUUGCGAAGCUCAACGGCUGAACAUAGAGGAUCACUGGCUUGUGUACAGUGUAAAGUAAAUUGGGACGUGCGGUCAAGGUGGUUCGCUAAUUUUGUUGCCAACCUCAGUAAUUUCUUUUGUUGUUUGAUAGGGUAAGGGAAAGAGAAGAUCGCAAGAUCAAAUGCGACAUGGCUAACAUAUAGGUGAUUGAGGUAUACGGCCUCAGUUUUUGUUUAGUCUUUUGUUAGGAGGCGGCUUAGGUCUGGUCGUCAAGAGGCUGUAAAGUUUUUGAGGAGUUGUACAUACUUUCUGCUUACCUAUUAAUCAAAGCUGCAACUUCUUACAAAUA